AUGGUGGAGCCUAUAAAAGUGGCCAAACGCCCAGAUUCCCACAAUUCCGACGAUCAAUUCAUUCCCACUGACUUCAAGAUGUGGCUCAUAACUUAUCUAGCCUAUCUAAGGCUUAAAAUUAUGGCCCUAAUCCUGAGAAUCCUAGUCAGACUAGUUGAGGGAACCUUCACUUUUAACCCAGAUGCAAUCCAUAACCUCCCAUCUCGGGAUCCACGACGCAAUAUCAAAGUCCAUAUCUACAAACCCUUACAAAAAAAGGACCCAGGUCCAGGCCCUGUCUUGAUCAACUUCCACGGAAGCGGUUUUGUCAUCCCAGCGCACGGUAGCGACGAUGCAUUCUGUCGAGAAAUCAGCCAACGCACAGAUUACACAGUCCUAGAUGUUCAAUACAGACUCUCACCCGAGAAUCCCUUUCCAGCUGCAGUGCACGAUGUCGAAGAUGUCAUCAAAUGGGUCCUGCAGCAACCCGCAACCUAUGAUCUCACACGCGUAGCAGUGUCAGGCUUUAGUGCCGGAGGCAAUCUCGCACUGGUCGCCGCAUCAACUUUAUUCCCGAAAGAUACUUUCCAUUCUGUUAUCACUUUCUACCCCAGUACAGAGGGGCACAAUGAUCCGGCUACGUUGGUUGCGCCGGAGGCGGGUGGACGUACGAUUCCUGUAUCCACUAUGAGGCUUUUUGCGAGGUGUUAUGUUCAGGCUGAGGUUGAUAGACGGGAUCCUAGGCUUCUGCCUGCGUUUGCUGAUCCGGCGCGGUUUCCGAAAAAUGUUCUUGUUAUAACGGCUGGUUAUGAUCUUCUUGCUGAUGAGGGUGAAAGGUUGGCGACGCAGUUGAAGAAGGAUCCGGAGAGGAAUGUUGUUUAUCAGAGGAUGCCGAGGUGCAAUCAUAAUUUCGAUAAGAAGGCUGUUCCGGGUACGCGUGAGUGGGAGUUGAAGACUGUGGCUUAUGAUUUGGCUGUUGAGAUGCUUCAGCUGUAG